AUGACAGCUACAUCUAGAACAGUUGAUAAAAAGAUAUCCGUUGCCUUCGUUUGCUUGGGUAAUAUUUGUCGUUCCCCAAUGGCAGAAGCCAUUUUUAAACAUAAGGUACACGAGUUAGGUUACUCCGAAUAUUUCAAAAUCAUAGAUUCUUAUGGGACCGGUGGCUACCAUAUCGGUGACCCACCAGAUUCCAGAUCUGCUAAGACUUGUCGUAAGCAUGGUGUUCCAGUGGACCAUCUGGCACAACAAAUAACAUCGAAGGACUUCAAGAAAUUUGAUUAUGUUAUAUGCAUGGACCAGUCUAAUCUUUCGGACUUGUUGUUCAUGAAGCCUAGAGAAUCUAAAGCAAGGGUUGCACUUUUCGGUGAAUGGAAAGCUGAUUCCAAAUUCAAUACUGUUGUUCAAGAUCCAUACUAUGGAGGCAUAAAUGGUUUUGAAACAAAUUUCCAACAAAUAUCCCACUUCAGCGAAGAGUUCUUGAAGCGUGAAGUAGGUGAGUUAUGA